AUGACCCUCGACGAUCCUACCAGCGCCAGCUCCAGGCUCUUCUCCCUCCCGGAACUUCUGAAUUCCAUAUUUCUUCACCUACCCUACACUGACCUGCUUCAUUGCCGCGCCAUAUGUGUCUUAUGGAAGCAUUGCAUUGACGUACCUCUUGCAGUGCGCCAACGCAUGUGGAAAGCGCCCACCAAGACACGAGAAGGCGAAGAACCGCAUUUCGAAGUAGUUUCUGAGAAGGCUGGAAAAGUCGUGUAUACUCAGGGCAACGCUGAAUGGCACGGCCGCAAGAUUCUAGAGAAGAGCCAGGAGAUCCGGCUAGCAUUUUUGAGCGAGGCGAUACCAGGUCAGGAGAUGCCAACCGGAAAAUAUGCGACAGAGAUGCAGGAGUCUCGAAACUAUGCGAUGAGGAGCGUGAAUUUUCAGAACGAGUGGCCAGAUGGGUACUGUGGCUAUGUGAAUGCUGCAGAGAUAGUAUGCUCCCUAUGCGAUAGGUUCCACACACGUGUCCGUUUCGAGAACCUGCAUCCGAUUCUUCAGUUUCUUGAGGCCUAUGAAAUCUGCUUCACAGGAGUGGCGGAUCGUCUUAUCGUGGAAUAUGGUGAUAUGUAUUGCCCUGCCUGGAUAGCCCUGCGGUGCUUUGGGGAGUUCGGACGGGAUAUGCUAUCUUUCGCCAGGGGAUUACGCCGUGCGAUGGAGAAUGCUCAUCUCCACGACGACCUGUUUAUCAACCCCCCUGUGACGCUGGUAGCAGCUCCAGAGACCGGUCGAGCGGUCGCAGCCACAGGAGGACUUCUAGUUAGGGACAUUUUACUCAUCCUACUUGAGUUAUUUCAUUACCGCUUCAAGUUUAGGGCUGCGAAAACAGCGCUAGAUCUCCAGCGAGCGAUUAAAAACGAACUUCACAUCAGAGAAAACAAUGAUCGAGAAGCUCAGAUAGCACCCUCUCAAACUGAAACAGCCCUAAGACAGAAAAUUGCGAAAACCGUGGUCAUCCUGGAACGUUUCUUGGUCACAAUGGAGGAUAUCAAUGAUAUCCUCCAUGGCGUGAAGGGGUGGUCGAGGGUUGACUUUUGUAUCGGCAAGGAGUUUGAUGUAAACAUUUAG